AUGGCUGCUCUGGGUUCGCUGGUCGGCCUCCUCCUAUGGGUGUGCAUAGCGUGCAGGGGGGCACGUGCAUUUUACUUUAACGUGGAAAAUGAGCUAAUAUCCAAGGACACCAAUAUGAAGCAGUGCUAUCUGGAGCACUUUGUUCAUUUCAAAGGGGAAGUUGUGCAGGUAUGUCUGGACAAGGUACCCUCCGGUGUAGUGAAUAAAUACAACAUCCUGAUUAGCUCCUACGGGGAAGACAAGAAGUGGAACCUGCAAAGCAAAGUCCUCGAUAGUUAUACGUCAAAGCUGCUCAGAUAUUUCUACAGUUUCACAAAUGACGAACAGCUAGUCGUCGUCUUCUGCUUCAACAAAAGUCUCUCAAACCAACCAUACGAAUGUUUCAGAAGCAUCACUAACGAUUUAAAGACGUUGCAAACAGACAAGAUACAAAUAGAUUUGCGCAUGUUCGAACCGUCCUCCUUCAGUGACUACGCACUGAACUCCUUCGACCUCUUCGGCGUGGGUCACUUCCUAAUUUGCGGCGUCAACAAUAAGCGUAACUCCAGACCGAAUGUAGGGUUGCUCGUCAUCUGCCAUGCCAGCUCCGAUGGGGGAUUCACCUGGGGGAAGAGGCUCCACUUCUACCACCCCAACAUGGACAAGCACACGACGUAUGAAAGUCUCGUGCCGAAGAUCAGCGGAAACGAAAUCGGCUUCCAGUAUCUGGCCUCCAAGGUAUCCCUCACAAAGUACUUUAAGUGCUACUACAAGAAGGAUCACGACUUUGAGUGCCAAGACGUUAACCUGGUGAGGGAACAAAGUUACCUUUGGGACAUUGCCAAACUUAGGGGUUACUACAUUUCCCCCUUGUCUGACGGGAAGGUUCCUCCGUGCACAUUAUACUACAUGUAUAAUAACACCUACUUGAUGCCGUUGGAAGUGCCAAAAAGUAUUGGAACAGAGUACCACCGAGGAAAGCUGUUCCAACUGGACAGUAAGAGGUUGAUCUAUAACUAUGCUAAUGAGAAGGAAACCUACACGUAUGUGUUGUCCCACACGGGGACAGUCAAGAACUGCACCCUCAUGUAUAUAAAAAGGGACUACAUGAAUGCAGGAUUUGUGAAACGAGGCAACAAUUACUACUGUGAUGUAAACUACGACGACUUAACCGUCGAAGGGGAGGACCGAUUCUUCACCGUCAGCAUAUACAACGGAGUCAGACAAGACAUACGAAAAUGCUUCUACCUGAAAUACGACAACAUGUUAGAACCCGUAAAUAUAGUGCACAAAAUAGAUAGCGUCUAUGAGUACAGCAACUUUUCCCUCUACACUUUAUUCAUCAAAAAGGAUAUAGAAAAAUAUUUUCUAAAAGAUAUGACCCUGCAAUGCUACCUAGGAGAAGACUUCUACCUCUCUCUAAACAUUAACUUUAAGAGAAAUUUCAUUUUAGACAACACAGAUGUGAACCAAUCUGUUGUAAACCUCUACCCAAACAAUAUUAUAUACUUUAAACUACCAGAUGCACGCUCUCAAAACCUGAUCAGAACCGUUUCUUUCCCUCCUAACACUAGAUACAUUAAGGUAGACGACUUCUACUACAUUUUUAAGCUUCCUUCUUUUAUUCCCGCCCAGUCUUCUACACAGAUGCUUUUCCUUAGUAACAAUGGGUCACAGAAAACGCAGAACAAAAGUGUGACUUUCCAUGCAGGGGGGGUACAAGAACAAAUCUUGGGGGUGGACUUUUCUAGGAAAACUAAAGUCUGUGCAUAUGCCGGGGUUGACAGUAACUGCGAUAAGGUAAAGGUUAGGGGGAAUAAAGUUACCGUCACUGUUAACAUGGGGGUGGCAACUGAACAAGCAACUACGCAAAUCACCCUGGGUCUCAUCUGCCCCGUUAACAAGAAAAACAAGAACACCUGCUUCAACGAAAUUUACGAUAAAAAGAAAAAAGUUUUCAUUCGGGAUCACCUAAAAGACAGCAAGGGCUUCCUCACCAUAUAUCCGAAAACCUACGUCCACAUGCCCACCCCAGGGGACGAAGUCUUCGAGGAGUCCAUUCUCGUCUUGACGCCUCAGUUUAUCGACCUCUACAAUAGCAACCCAUCCAAGUAUAACAACUCCUUCCUCUGCAAGUGCUACGCGAAUAAUAGGGCUUAUGAAGUCACCUUCAGCUUCGCCUAA